AAGAGUGAGGGAGAGAGUGUGUGCAUGUGUGUCAGUGUCCAUAAUUGAUUACCUUCCAAUCUACAAUAACUUGUUAGUGGUGGUCAAUUGCGGCUGCUUUUUGGGAAUCACUGUCCACCGGAUGGUUUCAUGUUGUGGCUCGUGCGUCACCCCGUAACAGUAGACAGGAGAAGUGGGACUUUAACUGGACUCAAAGUCUCCCUACCCUGCGGCAAAGCGACCAACAUGCGGUUGCAGAAGCACCUGUGAUCGGAUUUCCAUUCUCCACAUUUCCCACAACUUUUCAUUUAGGCAUACUUAUUUUGAAGUAUAACCAGAGCAUAAACAAAUCUCCGAAGUGUCACCUGAUAAACUACUAUGACCUCCAAAGAUCCCACGGUUAUGGAGGACCGGAGACGCAAUGCGCUGGACCAGCUUCCGCCGCCGGCCAACUCCAACAAGCCCCUGACGCCAUUCAGUAUAGAGGACAUCCUGAACAAGCCCUCGGUAAAGAGAAGUUAUUCUAGCUGCGGGACGGCGCACCUGCUCUCCUCCAGCGAGAAGCUGUCCUCUUCAGGGCAUAGCCUGUCCAGCCGGGCCCUUUUCACCCAAACCUCCCCGCUCUGCGCUCUGGAGGAGCUCGCCAGCAAAACCUUCAAAGGGCUCGAAGUCAGUGUUCUUCAAGCGGCGGAGGGCCGAGACGGCACGACACUAUUCGGUUCGCGGAAUAACCCCAAAAAGCGCCGGAAGUCUCGCACCGCCUUCACCAACCACCAGAUCUACGAGUUGGAAAAGCGCUUCCUUUACCAGAAGUACCUGAGUCCAGCUGACCGCGACCAGAUAGCACAGCAGCUCGGCCUCACCAACGCGCAGGUCAUCACCUGGUUCCAAAACCGGCGCGCCAAGCUCAAACGCGACCUGGAGGAGAUGAAGGCGGACGUGGAGUCGGCCAAAGCCGUGGGAACCGUGUCGUUUGAGAAGAUGGCCAAACUAGCCGAACUGGAGAAAUGCGCAGCUAACGGGGCGCUGGGCCCUAACAGAUCUGAGUCACCCUCGUUAUCGAACCAUGAGCGCAACGCCUCGAACAAACUUUUAUUGUCCUCCCCUUCGUCGCCAUAUACAGACCAUACUAGCAGCAAGGGCUGCUCCGAGGAUGAGGAGAUUGACGUGGAUGACUGAGGAUUUUACCAUUGUAUCUCCCUCUUACCACGACUAAAGUUUGAAGUGCCAUUUAUGCACCACAUCAUGAGGCUUUUAUGAAGAACACUUAGCAUCGCAUGGACUGUGUCUUAUAUG